GGAAAAAGACAAAAAGAAACCAUUAAAAAAGAAAAAAACAUUUUUGGACAAUUAAAGUCGGAAUUAUCUCCGAAUCCGUAUAUGCUUUCGCUAGCUCAUCAUUUUACGAAAUUAGCUGGACAUUUUUUUAUUUUAUUUUAUUUUUUUAUCUGAAGAACAACAAAAGUCCGUGAGAAAAAAAAAAAAAAAAAAAAAGAAACAGAAAAAGAAAACGAAAGGAAGAACACUUUCUGAAAUCUCCAUAGGAAUUUGCAUUUGCAGGGAUUUCUCUGAUGAAUGUGGGUCUUUGCAUGAGCUUUGGAAGGGUUUGGUUGCGUUGUUGUUAAAAUGUACAGGACAGUGGCUACAUCUGCGGCCACAACUACCACAACAGAUAGCCUGGAUUAUGUUGUAAAUUUGGAUCAAAUUCCACGUUGGAGUGAUGCAGAACAUAGGUCUUCAUUGGAGUUCGUUAACGAAGAUCCUUCCUUCUCUAAUUCUUACUUUCCUGAUCCUCUCACGUCUCCAUCUGACGCCGAAGGUGGGACUAAUGGAGUCGUUUCGAGAUUUCCCGUAGAUCAUGAAAUUAAUUCUAAAAUAUAUCUCUGGAGGGGGAAUCCAUGGAAUCUCGAGGUAGAUGCUGUCGUGAAUUCUACGAACGAGAACUUGGAUGAAGCGCACAGCAGCCCUGGUUUGCAUGCUGCUGCAGGACCUGGUCUAUUAGACGAAUGUGGAACACUUGGUGGUUGCCGCACAGGAAUGGCAAAAGUCACUAAUGCUUAUGACCUUCCAGCAAGAAAGGUCAUACAUACUGUUGGUCCAAAAUAUGCUGUCAAAUACCAUACUGCUGCAGAGAAUGCUCUGAGCCAUUGCUACCGUUCUUGCCUUGAACUUCUCAUUGAAAAUGGGCUUCAGAGCAUUGCUAUGGGUUGUAUAUAUACAGAGGCAAAAAACUAUCCCCGUGAACCUGCUGCACACGUAGCAAUAAGAACUGUGCGUCGUUUUCUCGAGAAGCAGAGAGAUAAAAUUAAAGCGGUUGUAUUUUGUACAACGUCAUCAGUAGAUACAGAAAUAUACAAGAGGUUGCUUCCUCUGUACUUUCCUCGUGAUAAACACGAGGAAGAAGUUGCAUUGUCAAAGCUUCCUGCAGAUGUUGGAGAUGAGAAUGGUGAGACCAUUAUAGACGAGCGGAAAAUAAGGAUAAAACCUUUACCCAAAAAGAAUGUUCCAAAGCCUCCCCCAGUUCCCAAUGAUACUCCUGUUAGUGAUGUAAGGUUGACACGGAGGAACUCAUCAUAUUUGGAUUCAUACUUGGAUCCUGCUUUCAUGGCUUUAAUCAAAGACCCAGAUCAAAGACGCAAGGAACAAUGGGAAAAAACUGCCCAGGCGCAGACUGGAUGGAACUAUGGUAGAAUGCUUGGAUUUGGUGACCUUGGUGGACCUCCUUUAUCUGCUGCUGAAGAAUAUUCACUUCAUUCAAGAUACCUUGCUAAAGCAAAUUCUCUUAAUCUCUCUGAAAUUGCGGAGAUGAAAAUAGUUUACCGUGGUGGAGUAGAUAGUGAGGGUCGCCCUGUUAUGGUUGUUGUGGGAGCUCAUUUUCUACUGCGGUGUCUUGAUCUUGAGCGAUUUGUACUCUAUGUGGUAAAGGAAUUUGAGCCAUUAAUACAGAAGCCCUAUACAAUAGUGUACUUCCACUCAGCAGCUUCUUUGCAGCCUCGGCCAGAUAUGGGAUGGAUGAAGAGAUUGCAGCAGAUUCUUGGCCGAAAACACCAGCGUAAUCUCCAUGCAAUAUAUGUUCUUCACCCAACCUUUGGAUUGAAAGCUGCAGUAUUGGCCAUGCAAUUGCUCGUGGAUAAUGUGGUAUGGAACAAAGUUGUAUACAUCGAUCGGCUACUGCAGCUAUUCAAAUACGUUCCUCGUGAGCAGUUGACCAUCCCCGACUUUGUAUUUCAGCACGACUUAGAAGUAAAUGGAGGGAAGGGCUUGAUUGUAGAUCCUCGAACAAAGUACGUAUACCAUCGGCCUUAACGUGAAGGAAAACAUUGGUCGAGCCACAAAAUCACAGCAUUGGCUAUGAUUUUUUAUGCUGCUUAAUGGUAUCCUUUAGCGUGUGUGUUUAGGUGGGUUAGGUAUUGAUUAUGGUUGUAGAAAUGGUAUCCCAUUUUUCUUUCAUUUUUUAUUCCUCAUGUAUUGGUUUGUUUGUGUGGUGAAGGUGAAAUAACGUUAUUCCUUUUGUAUGUUUUGUUGGAUGAGCUUUUAAUAAAAUGGAAAAAAGUGGUUUGUUGAAA